AUGGAUUUCUUCAAGGACCAUCCAGUCGAUGAGGAAGAGAACAGCAGCCAAAUCGGUUCUGUCGCAAACAGUGUGUGCCAGGAAAUACCGAUCGUUGACGAAUGCAUCCAAAAUAGCCCACAAAACAUAUUCUGCGUUGCAAAUAUCAGCACCAAAGCCCUAAAAACUACAGAAGGUAACGGCGAAGACGAUUUCUAUUCCGCUAACUACAUCAGCCCUAGAGAGCAAUCCUAUACGGAUAAUGUUUAUUUCGGUGAUAGCUUCGUUGACUGGAGUUGCUACUAUUGGCCACCGCAGCGUGAGCCGAAGCGAUGCCAGCGUGAGCCCGGCAAACGAAAGUAUCAUCUUUGCGACGUAUGCGGUAUAAUGGUCGGACAUAUGCCAACCCAUGCACUAGUACACAAACCGCAGCCAACCUACGCGUGCCCCUAUUGUUCGGUAAAAAUGAAGCAAAAAAGUGGCAUGGUGCAACACAUACAGACUGUGCACUUAAAGGUAGUGAGUAAAACGUGCCACCUGUGUGGUAAAACCUUUGUUCACCGCAAGACAUACGUGUAUCACAUGCGUGCUCACAAGGAUGCUGGAGAAUCGUUCGAGUGUAAAGUGUGUUCAAAAACGUUUUUCCGUUCGAUUGGAUUGGAGGUACACGUUAGAAAGGUUCAUAGUAUAGCAAAGAGUGUGUAA